CCAAAGACAGCGGACUUGUUCAAUGGCCAUGCCUUCCCUUUUCUUCAAACAAUACAAAAAAGUAACUGUUCCUUCUUAUUGGUCUCUCUCAUAAUUCUUUCUUUCAGUUUGUGCACCAAAACAGAAAAAAAAUAUUCGUUACAGAAUCUGACCAAAAAAACAAAAAAAUCCACAUUGGAAUUAUCGUUUCUCUUUGCUCUUUUUUGGGUUUUUCAGACCGUUUUCCAUUUCCUUGGCCAACCCCAGUAACUGAUUUAGAUAAUAUUACUUCGUGUUUUUAUUUUAUUUUUCAUUUUCCCAGGUGUUAGAUUAACAGACUUUGUGUUACAAACCUAUCGUAUUGAAUUCCUCUGAAUUUCCAAUCUGGGUUUGGAGGAAUUCGAUUGGAAAAAAGGUGGUUGCUUUUGGUGCUUUAUCGUUAACUGCUAAGAGAGAGAGUACGAGAACCUUAACCGUUGACUUUGGAAUACCAAUCUUGAAGAUUUUGAUUGCAUUUCAAAACUUUUGAGAAUUAGAAAGGUAAAGUUUUACUACUCUCUGGACCGGAAUGGAACAAUUCCGGCAUAUCGGAGAGGUUUUGGGAAGCCUGAAGGCUCUAAUGGUGUUGCAAGAUGAUAUUCAGAUUAAUCAAAGUCAGUGCCGUUUGCUGCUUGAUAUAUUCAGCAUGGCCUUUGACUCAAUAGCAGGGGAGAUCAAACAGAAUCUGAAACUUGAGGAGAAGAAUUCCAAAUGGAAAGCUCUUGAGCAGCCUUUGAGAGAUCUCCACAGGGUGUUUAAAGAAGUUGAGCUAUAUAUCAGACAGUGCAUGGAUUCCAGAGACUGGUGGGGCAAAGCAAUCAGCUUGCACCAGAACAAAGACUCUAUCGAGUUUCACAUUCACAACCUGCUAUCCCACUUCCCGGCUGUCAUCGAGGCAAUCGAAACCGCCGGGGAGAUUUCUGGACUUGAUCAGGUUGAGAUGGAAAAGAGAAGGGUCAUGCUGGUGAAGAAGUAUGAUAAGAUUUGGAAUGAUCCAGUGCUUUUUGAGUGGAGAUUUGGGAAGCAGUAUUUGGUCCAUAAGGAGGUUUGCAAUAGGUUUGAAGGUGCAUGGAGAGAAGAUAGAUGGAGGCUUAUUGAGGCAUUGAAGGAGAAGAGAAGUUUGGGAUCCAAUUCUUUGACAAAGAAUGAGCUUAGGCUUGUAGAUAUGCUGCUUAUUAAACUAAAUGGACCAGACUCUAGUAGGGGAAAACUCUUCCCAAGUUCAAUUUUACUUGGUGGAAAGGAUUACCAAGUUCGGCGGCGAUUAGAAGGUGGAGGCCAGUACAAGGAGAUUCAGUGGUUAGGGGAAAGCUUUGUCUUAAGGCACUUCUAUGGAGAGGUUGAAACUCUUACCUCUGAGAUUUCUACCCUCCUUUCACUUUCCCACCCCAACAUACUGCAAUAUCUUUGUGGGUUUUGUGAUGAAGAUAAAAAGGAGUGCUUUCUUGUUAUGGAGUUGAUGAACAAGGAUAUGUCCACCUACAUGAAAGAGAAUUGUGGUCCAAGAAGGCGGGUUUUGUUGCCACUUCCGGUUGUGGUUGAUCUCAUGCUUCAGAUUGCAAGAGGUAUGGAGUAUCUCCAUUCUCAAAAGAUCUACCAUGGAGAGUUGAACCCUUGUAACAUCUUACUGAAGAUGAGGAACUCUUCAGAAGGUUAUUUCCAAGCAAAAAUCUCAGGUUUUGGUUUAUCAUCCAUAACCGAUAGUUCUAGUUCUCGAAACUCUUCAGCACAAAAUUCAGUACACCCUUUCAUUUGGCAUGCUCCUGAAGUCCUAGCUGAGCAAGAACAGCUAGGAAGUACCUCUAGUUUAAAGUACACAGAGAAAGCAGAUGUUUACAGCUUUGGUAUGCUAUGCUUCGAGCUCUUGACUGGGAAAGUUCCUUUUGAAGACGGACACCUUCAAGGAGACAAGAUGAGUAGAAAUAUAAGAGCAGGGGAGCGGCCUCUCUUCCCAUUCCCUUCACCAAAAUACCUUGUGAACUUGACCAAACGAUGCUGGCAAACCGACCCUUCUCAUCGCUUGAGUUUCUCAUCAAUCUGUAGGAUUUUAAGGUACAUCAAGAAAUUCCUAGCAAUGAAUCCAGACCAAGGUCUGCCUCAACUGCAAUCUCCUCCUUUAGAUUACUGUGACAUAGAGGCAGGGUUUCUGAAGAAGAUUUCUGUAGAAGGAGGGCGUUCUAGUAUGAAUUCAGUUUCACAAAUUCCGUACCAGAUGUUUUCUUAUAGACUUUUGGAGAAGGAGAAGACUUGCUCUGACAUCAAGGACAACAAUUGUGAAGCGGCUAGCGAUGCAGGGUAUAUUUGCAAGGAUGCAGCUUCACUUUGUAAGGAGGAUUCAGCCUCAGUUUGCAAGGAUGAGAAUGUAUCCGUUGUGGAAGAUCCUAUAGUACCUCCAAGUGACACGAGGUCAGUUUUUUCUGAUGUGAGGUCAAUUUGUUCAGAGACUCCAGUGAAGUAUGUGAAGAAGAUUCCUACUAAGAAAAAAUCUCCUGAAGUAAAUGUUAAGAAAGGCACAGGAACACCAAGAAUAAGGGCUCCAAGACCUUCACCACUGAACCCAUGCGGUCGAAGUUCGAAGAUAAAUCGAGAUACACAUUCGCCAUUGGUGACAACCCCUUUGAGACAAAACAGAAGAACGAGAGGUCAUGUCUCGGAUUCAGAGUUACACUAGAAUAGCUUUAUCUUCUUCUCCUUUCAUGUUGAAAACAGUUGCAGGCUUUCCACUAGAAUUUGUAUAGGUUAUGGGAGGGUAUUCGUUCACUAUAAUUCUACAUAUCUUUGAUAUCUGAUUUUGUUUUUGUAAAACUUGAAGCAAAGUUGUAGGUUUGGUUUAAGAGGUUGUAAACAGUGAAUUUCCCACCUUAGCUGCAUACCAUGCAAUUCAUAGAAGUUUCUUGUAUCAUAUGAAGUUAGGUUCGCGUAUAGAUAGCAGAAUUUUCUUUUUCCUUGUUUAAUGCUUGGAAUGAAUGUGAUCUGUUUUCUCUCUUA